AUGCAGGAGAAGAGCCCUUGCUGCCCAGGCACCAGAGCUGCUGGCUUAGCCCCCCCGGGGAUGGCAAGCCGAACAGGGCUGAACACCACGGACAGCCUAGAGCCACUCUCGGUCCCCGAGCUGUCUGUUGCCCAGGAGGUGGUGGGCCUCUUCUGCAUGGUCCUGCUCACCUUCAUCGCCCUGGUGGCCAACAUUGUGGUGAUGGUCGUCAUCCUCAAAACCCCUCUUCUCAGGAAGUUCAUCUUUGUCUGCCACCUCUGCGUGGUCGACCUCCUCUCUGCCAUUUUCCUCAUGCCUCUGGGAAUCAUCUCCAGCUCCUCCUGCUUCAACAGGGUGAUCUACAGCAUUCCCGAGUGCCAGGCCUUGAUAUUCCUGAACAUCUGCUUCAUCAGUGCCUCGAUCCUCACCAUCUCCAUCAUCAGCGUGGAGCGGUACUACUACAUUGUCCACCCCAUGAGGUAUGAGGUCAAGAUGACCAUCAGGCUGGCAGUGGCCGGCGUGAUUUUCAUUUGGGUCAAGUCUGUUCUCAUCACUGUCUUGGCACUAGUGGGCUGGCCUCAAGGCAACGGGGCCACCAGCGCCAGCCGCUGCACCGUCUACUGGAGCCCUGGGGCCCACAAGGAGGUUUUUGUGAUCAUCUUCAGCAUCGUCUGCUUUGUUCUGCCCACCAUCGUCAUCUUUGCUGUCUACUGCAGAGUCUACCGUGUGGCGCGGAUGGCAUCCCUGCAGCACGUGCCACCGGCACAGGCCGUGGCGCCGAGACACCAAUCCAACUCCAUCGCCAGCCAAGUGACCACCGUCACCUCCAGGAACCUGCCGCUGCCCAGACUGAUACUGGAGCGGUUUCUGGGAAGCAACAAGGCCAUCCUCACUUUGGUCCUCAUAGUGGGACAAUUCUUGUGCUGCUGGCUGCCCUUCUUUGCCUUUCACUUGCACUCCUCUGUCGCCGCUGGCAUGGUGAGCGGUGGGCACGGGGAGAUGACGGUCACUUGGAUUGCCUACUCCUCCUUUGCCAUCAAUCCCUUCUUCUAUGGGCUCUUGAACCGCCAGAUCCGGGAGGAGCUGGCCCGGCUCCGGCGCAGCUGUCUCAACCGUCCGCUCGGCCAGGAGAUCUGUCUUUCCGUCUUGGAGGCUUCUGUCCAGGGAAACUUCUUGCAGUUCCUCCAGAGAGCAACUUGCACGCUGGAGACCCAUGCCAGCUGCAUUAGCCCCAGCCCCAGGAACAGGCUGGACCAGACCAAAGUGGGCUUCCCCAUCCCAGGUCAAGUUCCUGAGGAGGGCAGCUGA